AUGUCUGUACCAAGAUUCCAAAAACUAAACUAUGGGUCAUAUGAUAAUUACAUCCCAGUCAGUGAAUUAAGUAAAAAAUCAUGGAAUCAGCAACACUUUUCCCUGGCAUUUCCCAAACCACCGCGGCCAGGAAAAAAAGUGAGAUCAAGACCUUCCCAACUACAAGACAAGGCAGCUUUAAAACCUGAUGAAGACAAAUUAAAGGGAGGUUCUCAACGACCAUUAUGGAUGCACCGUUCUUUAAUGCUAAUUUCGGAAAGACCAUCUGUCUAUUUAGCUGCCAGGCGACGGCCUCCAACUCGUGGCCCAGAUGCAGCAGCAGCUAAAGACAAGAAGGCCGCAUCAGAGUCAGAAACUGAAUCCGCAGUUUCACAUGAGCCCAAAAUAACUAGGAAAGAUUCAAAAAAAGACAAGCAUUUAGAAACAAAAACACCAGGUACCAAAAAAGAGAAAAAGUCAAUAAAGAUCAUAGACUCAACUACAGAAUUAGAAGCUGAAAAGGGAGACACAAAGAAAGAUACAAAAAAAGAUAAGAAAGGCUCGAAGAAGGGCAGGGGGUCAGAUGCAGAAUCAGAAGAGGAAAAAGGAGAACUGAAGAAAGGUUCAAAAAAAGAAAAGAAAGUUUCAAAGAAGGACAAGGGGUCAGAUGCAGAGUCAGAAGAGGUAAAAGGAGAACUGAAGAAAGGUUCAAAAAAAGAAAAGAAAGUUUCAAAGAAGGACAAGGGGUCAGAUGCAGAGUCAGAAGAAGUAAAAGGAGAACUGAAGAAAGGUUCAAAAAAAGAAAAGAAAGUUUCAAAGAAGGACAAGGGGUCAGAUGCAGAGUCAGAAGAGGGCAAGGGGUCAGAUGCAGAAUCAGAAGAGGAAAAGGGAGAACUGAAGAAAGGUUCAAAAAAAGAAAAGAAAGGUUCACAGAAAGACAAGGAGUUAGUAGCUGAAGAACCAGGAGAGGAAAAAGAAUUGCUGAAGAGAGGUUCCAAAAAAGAUAGGGGUUCAAAGAAGCACAAGGAGCCAACUGAAGAACCUGGAGAUGAAACAACAGAUGCAAAGAGAUCCAAUGAAAAAGAGGAUGAAUCAAAAGACAAAAAAGAAGUUUUAGGGCCAGAUGGUUUAUCUUGGAAAGACAGUGCAGUUGAAAAGGAAGGAAACAGCUUAGAGAAGUUAAGCAUCAUGAAUAAAUUUGCACAACUAGUGGUAAAACCAGGAUCUGAGUAUGAAUUUGAAUCUCAUGUGACAAUAGCAUUUAGAACAUUACUUUGUAACUUAAUUGUUCUGGGAUUUGAGGAAAUUGUUCUUUAA